AAAAAACAACAGAAACGUGUACAACUACGGUCAGUGUGUCUGCCCUACGCACCACGUCGCAUUUGGUACUAGAAACGCGAGAAGAUAGGCAAGAAGCGGAGAUCUAGCAAACACCCAGCAUAGUAAACUACGGACUGGUCCAUCGGCUGCUGCAACCAAAGCAUCUCAGGAACACAACAUUUCUUGAUUUAGUGCAUUUUAUCGACACAAACACCUCAACCACAAAAAAUGGCCCCAUCACAGCGAAUCCGUAUCGCCAACGAGAAGGCUAGCAAGAACAUUACCCUGCGUGGCAACGUGCCUAAAUCGUCGAAAAACAACGAAGAAAAGUACCCGGUUGGACCAUGGCUGCUGGCGCUGUUUAUCUUCGUUGUGUGCGGAUCGGCGAUAUUCCAGAUCAUUCAGUCGAUUCGCAUAGCAUAAAAUAGUGAACGAUCUCCGACUGAAUUGCCGACAACUGUUUACUAACAUCGUCCUUUUCGUUUUCCUCUGCUAGGAAGAGCACCUUUGUUGUUCCACUUUUUGUUGUCCCUUUUUUAUGUCCUUUGGAUAUGAUCGGAUCAGAUAGUUCUAUAUCAAGCGAUAUUUUUUUAACGUAAAGGCUCCACUUUUGUCAUACGCAUAAGCAUCGUAUUCAUGAUGGCUUGAUAUAUGUUUGUUGUACAUUUACAGUUUUUGUUUGUAAAAAUAUGCUAUGUAACUUUACUUUUGAAGGUUCCAUGCACUGACUGAUCUUUUUUUCCGUACGCGUUUCUUCCCGAUCAGCAACUUUUGCAACCAAGCUCCAUAGCUCGUGCGCUCGUUUUAUACGCAAAGAAGUGCAAGUAGCAUCACACCUAGACGUAGAGUCGUGUAGAUAAUGUAAGUUUUUUCCUAUGAUUCCCGUUCUUGCCUUUCCGAUUCCGCUUGAGAAUCGAAUGCCGGAAUGCCUUGUGGCCGAAGUGAUGGUAGAUUCACAACCUCGACAAAACCUUUUCGCACAAUUUUGCGCCCUCGGGAAAGUUUUAAUCGCCAACACAUGGACACAAGUAGGGGAAGCGCAUUGAAUAGAUAACAGAUCAAAAUUCCAAUAUCUCUCGUUCAUGCAAGAAUCUAUAACACGCCAGGAGGAUCAGGACAAAUGAUGAUAAACUUCACACAAUACGACUCUGGGCCGCUGGAAAAUGAAAAAAGAGUAUUGAACAUGGAUUCCUACAGGAACAUUGAUUCAAAUAAUCGGUUUUACAUCGUAAUGUACGCUAUGUUCUCGGUGGAGAUAUUGGGAAUGCAAACAUAAAAAAGCAAGCAAGGUGUGUAUAUGAGCGAAGGAAAAGACCAAAAUGUUGCUUUUUGACCAACGUUGAGCAGACCGUGCGUGGGGUAACACAUGUGGAUACGCAAAACUCAACAAACAAACGAGAAACACGUAAAAUAGAUACCCUCACUACACUCAGAUUCCUUUUUCGUAUAAAUUCGAUGGGAAGAAGAAGCGUCAAUCGCAAGGAAAUUGAAGUAUAUACAUUAAAGAAAAUGAAAAAGAAACUGACAAAACUAAUUUGGUGAAAAUUAUAUAUUAUCAAUGUGAA